GAUUCCAGGACACCGGCCAGCCUCGCCGUCCUUCGGCCUCCCAGCCCCGCACAGGCGCAGAUGCAGCCGCCCUGCACCCGGCCUGGCGCAUAGGACUGCGACAGCCAUGGCGCGCGGAGACGCCCCUCGGGACAGCUACCACCUGGUCGGCAUCAGCUUCUUCAUUCUGGGGCUGGGCACCCUCCUCCCCUGGAACUUCUUCAUCACCGCCAUCCCGUACUUCCAGGCACGGUUGGCAGGGGCCAACAGCACCGCUGAGACCCUGAGCACCAACCACACCAGUCCCACAGACACUUUCAAUUUCAACAACUGGGUGACCCUGCUGUCCCAGCUGCCUCUACUGCUCUUCACGCUGCUCAACUCCUUCCUGUAUCAGUGCAUCCCUGAGUCGGUGCGUAUUCUGGGCAGCCUGCUGGCCAUCCUACUGCUCUUUGCCCUGACAGCAGCCCUGGUAAAGGUGGACUUGAGCCCUGGGCUGUUCUUUUCCAUCACCAUGGCGUCCGUCUGGUUCAUCAACUCCUUCUGUGCAGUACUUCAAGGCAGCCUUUUUGGGCAGCUGGGUACCAUGCCUUCUACCUACAGCACCCUCUUCCUCAGUGGCCAGGGCCUGGCUGGGAUCUUCGCUGCCCUUGCUAUGCUCAUGUCCAUGGCCAGUGGCGUGGAUGCCCAGACCUCUGCCCUUGGGUACUUCAUCACACCCUGUGUGGGCAUCCUCCUCUCCGUCAUCUGUUACCUUAGCCUGCCCCAUCUGGAGUUUGCCCGAUACUACCUGGUCAAGAAGCUGUCCCAGGCCCCAGCUCAGGAGCUAGAGACCAAAGCUGAACUCCUCCAAGCCGAUGAGAAGAAUGGGAUUCCCAUCAGCCCCCAGCAGGCAGGCCCAACUCCGGAUCUUGACCCUGAGAAGGAGCCGGAGCUGGAUGAGCCACUGAAGCCAGGAAAACCUUCAGUCUUCGUUGUCUUCCGGAAGAUCUGGCUGACGGCGCUGUGCCUUGUGUUGGUCUUCACAGUCACCCUGUCGGUCUUUCCUGCCAUCACAGCCAUGGUGACCAGCUCCACCAGCCCUGGGAAGUGGAGUCGGUUCUUCAACCCCAUCUGCUGCUUCCUGCUCUUCAACACCAUGGAUUGGCUGGGCCGGAGCCUGACCUCGUACUUCCUGUGGGUGAGCUUGUCUGGGCGGAACCAGCCAGAAGUUUGGGAAGUAGCCGGGGACCAAAGGGUGCGGAGGAACACAGAAAGCCAGAUGAGGACAGCCGGCUGCUGCCCCUGCUGGUGUGCCUGCGCUUCCUGUUUGUGCCACUCUUCAUGCUGUGCCAUGUGCCCGAGCGUGCCCGGCUGCCCAUCAUCUUCUGGCAGGACGCCUACUUCAUCACCUUCAUGCUGCUCUUCGCCGUUUCCAAUGGCUAUUUGGUUUCUCUCACCAUGUGCCUGGCGCCCAGGCAGGUGCUGCCGCAUGAGAGGGAAGUGGCCGGAGCCCUCAUGACCUUCUUCCUGGCCCUGGGGCUCUCCUGCGGGGCCUCUCUGUCCUUCCUCUUCAAGGCUUUACUCUGAGGGCUCCCAGCGCUCCCCACAGUCCUCCUCCCAGCUCUGCUCCCAGAGCCGGGACGCUCCCAGGGGAAGGACCUCUGCUACACCUGGCCUCUCUCGGUCUGUGGGUACCAGGAGGGGACAGAACCUUGGCUGGUAGCCACACUGCAUAUGGUGAGGAAGACUCCACCAGCGGUCAUUCUGCCCCUUACCCAGGAGUGAAAUGGGACACAGAGAGAUGGACCUCUCUGAGGCACAGAAGAGAGCAUCUUGGAAGGCAUGAAUUGGGGAAAGAGCGCACAGGCCCAGGGCCCUUCCUUGCUACCGGGACUAUGUCUGUUCAUCAAACCAUCCAGUGAUCCCAGGGAUCAAAGCCACCUGUAGGCCUUGCUGAGGAUACCCUGGUGGUCUUCGAUGUGACUGAAUGGGGAUGGUGGCCAGCUCCAGAAUGGCUUCUCUCCUACUAGCCCCCCAAGGCCCUGGCGAGGGCAUGAAGCGUCCUGGAAGCUGAGGGGAAGAGAAAGCUCAGAGGACUGACCUCCGAGCCUCCAACAGUGUUCUUUCGGUCAGUACUCCCUGGAAGCCAGACAGGCCCGUCUGACAGAAGGGCAGUCAGCCUGCCUGUGCCGUUCUCUGCAGCUGCUCACAGAAGCCUCAGCCAGGUCCCCGGAACAUCCCCGAGGUGGGAUGUGACUGGCCCAUCAAAGAGUGAAGCUAAGGCCUUCAUCCCCCUCCUUGUAGGUGCUGACCCCACCCCCACCUCUGGCCCACCACUUGCUUCUCUUCCUCCAAGGUAUCCAGGCAGGUGCCCCCGGGUACUUGCUACCAUCUUUUCACCCCGUUUCUCCUCCGACCCUGUUUCCAAGUCCAAUAAAAACCGUUCAUUUCUA